UUGUUUACACCGCGUACGGUGCAGCGCUUUGGGAAACCUCCAUGCCGAAGGCGACCUUUGGGGAGCUAACUUUUAGCAGUUAUGAAAUUGAAGUCUCUCUUUAGGGUUAAUCGGAUCUUUGUUCAAAAGUGGUGCCAGAGAAUACAACCCGUCAGUCACGUCAGCCUGUUGUCUGGCAUGUCUGGUGUAGUUGGCAGAUCUCCGUUUUUGCUUGUCCAUAAGCCUACAUGUAAGAUCAAAAGUGCGCUUGGACACAUUGGAAGAGUCUUUCCGCGGCCGCAGCAUUCACGUAGUCACAGGCAAUGUGAAAACAACGAUCAAAACUUGAAAACCUUGCUUUUGCUCAACAGAGCAAUCUCCGAUGCUGUCACAAAUGCGCCACCCAUCGAUGACCAUGACCUAUUUUCGAGAAUUUCCCACUUAUUCAUGAAUGCAUCAUUCAACUUCGGCGACCAAAGAUUGUUGCACACAACUGUUGAUGAAGAAGAAGUAGCUAAAUUCAGGAGUCUGGUUCAAUCUUGGUGGGAUGUGAAUGGUGAAUUUCAGGCACUUCAUAGUCUGAAUGAUCUCCGUGUUCCUCUGAUAAGGGAUGGACUAGUCAAACGGAAUGGUUGCCAGUCUCUACUUUCAUCACAACCUCUUGCUGAUACAUUCAUCUUGGAUGUUGGCUGUGGAGGAGGUAUUCUCUCAGAGCCAUUAGCACGACUUGGUGCAACAGUCAUUGGUAUUGAUGCUGCCUCAGAGAACAUACAGGUGGCUCGGGAGCAUGCUUCCCAUGAUCGCCUACUAUGGAAGAGAAUAAAUUACAUCUGUGCAACAGCAGAAGAAUUAUUGAGCACAAAUGGAGAAGCAUUUGAUGCAGUUAUUGCUUCAGAGGUACUUGAGCAUGUCUCUAAUGUUGAGGGCCUUGUUGCAACAUGUUCACAGUUAACUAAGCCGGCUGGAUCCAUCUUCUUCACAACUAUCAACAAGACCUGGCUUUCCUUUGCCUUGGCAAUUGUUGGUGCGGAAGAUAUAGCAGGGGUUGUACCAUCGGGUACUCAUGACUGGAAUAAGUUUAUUCCUCCACAAGAUCUUCAAAGGUUUCUCCAUGCUAGCAAUUGUCAAACAAAGUUGGUUCAUGGUAUGAUAUUCAACCCUGUAACGAAGCGAUGGUUCUGGGGAACUCCUACGACUUGUAACUAUGCAGUGCAUGCAGUCAAGAAAGAGGCAACCACACUAGAUGUGUAGGAAAUUGAGGAGGUACAUGUAGAUUGAGCAGUAUUAGAAGUAAACAAUGAAAAAAGAACUUGUGUACGCUUUAUCUACAUGUGAUACACAUGUAGAUGUAUGUUGGCUAUAACAGUCAACGUGUAUGAUGCAUGAGCCUAAACACCCUCCAAUAUACAUGUAAGUCAAUAUUACCGAAGGUGGAAGAAUGAAUCAACACUUUUCUCCAUUGGUGGUAUAGUUUAAAGUAUGGCAGUAUUUUACCUCAGCACCGGUGUAAGUAAAACAAUUGCAUUUGUUUAAUUUGUAGAUUUUUUUAAUUUUGAAAACUCUUUCCACCAACAUGUGAUCAUCGUUUGACAGACACUUUUUGUAAAUUGAAACAGCAAAUAAUGGGACAGGAAAGAGCUCACAUGUAGAUAAUCAUAAAAAAGAAAUUCAUGCAGAAGGGUGCUUUACAAACACAAAGUCAAUGCAGGAAAUUCAAUCAUUUAUAAUUUUUAGCUUUAUUUGUAAUUAGCUUCAUUGAAACCAGUACUCAGUGGACUUAUUACUGUGGGAGGCAGAAAUAGAUUUUUCUGCUGUUUGAAAUCCAACCAUCUAGUCUUGGAAUACAUCACACAUACUGUGCACACUGCAAGGUUGGCUGACAUUAAGCAAAUGGAAUUUUGAAAUUUCCAAAUUGAAGAAAUUGUGCUACUUUUUUGUACAUGAAUCUAAAGCUAUUAGAAAGAUAUAGCAAUUGUUACCGUUCACAUUUGAUACAUGUUUUGUAAGACAAUAGGAGCUAUUCACAGCACAGUAUGUUACCAAAAGUUAACAUGGAGAGGCCACUUUUCAAAGCACUCUAUUAGAAAAUGGUAGAUACAUGUAUCUGCACACUAUUCGGUUUCUUCAACAUAGCACUCCCAAGGCAUAAGAUUUGGGUAGUUUUGAUAUUUUGUAUGGUCCAAAUUUAAGGUGUAGUUUUUGAAAAUAAUAAUGAACAUAUAAUUAACGUUUUGAGAUGCCUUUGCCAUAUUACAUGUCGACAGAAAAGAUUAAUGACAGACUGCUAUCAGCAUUAUGCAACAUGUCUACUGCAAAGAAAAAAAAUGGCCACUUUGAGUAGUACUGUAUAUGCCUUGAUGGCCCUACAUAUUGCAAAGAGUUCCUGUUCAGGGAAAUUGCACUUAGUAGUCAGAUACUUGAAGACUUCAAUUCACUAUCCCGUGUAGUUCCUCAAGUAGUAGCCAGAAAUCUUUGUCUUUUACUGAAUGUGAGAUUUAUGAAAUAUUCUGUCUGAAGGCAGAGAUAGCAGCUCCAUGUUGUUUUGGAAAAGCUAUGAAGAAGCCUUUUUGACAUACACAAUGCAGCAUGGGAUUGGAUGACAAGAAAGCAAUGGAUUGCAUGUGUUUAACCCUAAUGAAGAACUGCAUUGUCCACUUUAUUAAAUACUUGAUUAUUAAAUCCCUGAAGUAAAGAUGCUGUCUUCAGUAUUGGCAUUUUGGUGAAUAAACAGUAUGCAUGCACAUUGGUGAAUUUGGAUGUUCAUGUACACAAUA